CAUCCGGGAACUACUACGAACUCGCUCUCCAACAUGGCGGCGUCAGCUAAGAAGAAGAAUAAGAAGGGGAAGACCCUCACUUUGACUGACUUUCUUGCGGAGGACAGUGGAGGCAGCAGCGUCGCCCCCAGCUAUCCGACCAAGACCACAAGCUGGGCGGAUGAGACUGAUGACCUGGACGGAGAUGUCUCGACUUCCUGGCACACGGAGGAGGACACGUACAGGGCACCACCCAUCGACCGCUCCAUUCUGCCCACAGCGCCUCGCUCAGCUCGCGAGCCCAAUAUUGACCGGGCCAGGCUCCCCCGCAGCCCGCCAUACACCGCCUUCCUGGGAAACCUGCCCUAUGAUGUCACUGAGGACUCAAUCAAAGACUUCUUCCGCGGCUUGGCAAUCAGUGCAGUGCGUCUGCCUCGAGAGCCCAGUAACCCAGAGAGGCUGAAAGGCUUUGGUUAUGCUGAAUUUGACGACGUAGAAUCCCUGCUCAGGGCUCUCAGCCUCAGCGAGGAAAACCUGGGCAACCGCCGGAUUCGUGUGGAUAUUGCAGACCAGUCAAAUGAUAAAGAAAGAGACAGCGGACCUAUGGGUGGUCGAGACCGAGGUGGGCGAAUGGCUGACAUGGGUCCUGACAAGACAGACAGUGACUGGAGAGCUCGACCAAGUGCGGAUGCUGAUGAUGGACCUCCUAGGAGAGAUGAUGCCUUUGGAGACAGAUCACGUGACCGUUACGAGUCUGAUCGUCACAGAGAUGGCCAGCGGUGGGACAGUGAUCGUAAUGAAGGAGGUCGUUACCGGGAUCGCUAUGACAACAGGGACCGCAGAAACAAUGAUGGAGGUUAUGACUCUCGUAGUGGAGGAGGUCGUCGUAACUUUGGUAGUGGUUUCCGCCGUGAUUAUGAUGACAGUCAGGGUAGCAAUGAUCGCUACGGGGACCGGGAUCGUUACGGAGAUCGAGAUCGUUACGGGGACCGGGAUCGCUAUGGGGACAGGGAGCGUUACGGAGACCGGGAUCGUUAUGGAGAUCGAGAUCGUUACGGAGAACGGGAUCGUUACGGGGACCGUGAAGACCGGCACGACAGGCGUGAAGAGAGAGCUCCUCAGCAAAGACCCAAGUUGAACCUGAAGCCUCGUAGUGUACCUAAAGAGGAGGAAAGCGCCGGCAGUGGUGGCACUUCACCUGCUGCCACUUCAAGCUCAAGCAGCAGGGCCUCGUCCAUCUUUGGCGGAGCAAAACCCGUUGACACAGCAGCAAAGGAGAGGGAGGUGGAGGAGAGGCUGAAGAAGGAGGAAGAGAGACUGCAGAGGCAGCUGGAGGAGGACAAAGGCAGGGGACCGGACAGAAAGAUGAGGGACAGGGACCCGAGCUGGCGCAACGAGGAAUCUCAUACUGAGCGAUCCCGCACAGGAAGCGAGUCUUCACAGCAAGGAAGCACUUCUGGAAGAGGGUCACGGUGUCGAGAUAGCGAGCGCUCCGGUGAGAAUGAGGUAUUCAGCGGGGUAGAAGGUGGCUCCACUUCCCCUGGGUCCUCAUCCCGGCCCCCCUCCACCAGCUCUUCUAAAGAGCCAUUGAAGGUGAUGCCUGCACCUCCUCCCAAGGAGAAUGCAUGGGCCAAGAGAAGUGCAGCCAGCACAGGCUCUAAUGAGGGCGAUGGUCGAGCUCCGAUCUCCCCGGUCUCCCCAGGCGGUUCAGCUCCUCCCAAGUUCAGCUCCUCAAGUUCUGCAGAUGAAAGAGGAUCUGGAAAGGAUGAGAACAAGGCUGAUGGUGUGCGUCGGGACCGGGGGCCCCCACGAGCACGAGGGGGGCCUGCAGGGCCUGGAGCUGGGCGGGGGCGAGGAGAGGGGCCCAACAGAGACCGAAGGAAGGAGGCAGACAGAAAGGACAACAGAAGAGACCGAGACUCCAGACCACCCCCAGAGCCAAAGAAAUACGAAGAGACCCCAACCCCCAAGUUCAGCUCAGCCAGUAAGUACGCCGCUUUGCUAAUGGAUGGCGACCAAGGAGAAGACGCAGAUGACGCCGAUUAGAGGGAAAACAACGAGAUAAGGAGAAGGCGACGAAUGCAAGAAGAAAAAAAUAAUAAUCUCACAUAGCGUAUGGGAAAAAAAAAUCUCCUCACAUGGAUUUGGCUCCUGGGAAGGGAGGGGGAAUCAUCACCCCCUCUCUGUUUUCCUCCUACAAACCUGUCCUUUAAUUUCAAACCAUUCACCCAUCCAUCCUCCCCCUGCUCCACCUUCAGGACUCUUCAGGUUCUAAAGAAUAGUCACAUACUGGACUUGUUUUAAAUGGAAAAGAGGAAUACAUGACACAUGAAAACAUGAUGGAUAAGAUUGAAUUAAUUGUAAUAAAUAAAUGGAAAAAGUGGGGAAAAAUGAUUUUUCUAUGUUUGUGGAUCACAGGCGCAUCUAAUGACUGAAGAUGGAGCUUAUAAACGUGUUUUGGUUUUUU